AUGUCACUCGAGGAGCCGGUGUCCCCAAGGCCGGGCGGAGCGCGGACGGGGCGGGGGGGAGGAGGGCGAGGGAACCCCGAGUCCGGAAGAACAGGGGCUGGGGUGCGGUGGGGUGGGGGCGAAUCCGCCCAGCAGGGAGGGAUUCAACAGGAGCGCCUGCCGUCGGCUCGCCGCCCGGGAAACGCGCCGGGCGGGCGCAGGAGGGGGGGGGAGGAGGGGGAGGGGCGCCGCCGAGGGCGCGCGGUGCGGGGCUGCGGGACCCCCGACGAGCGCAAGGUCACCGCCCGGCCUUGGGCGCAGGGGGAGGCCGCCCGCCACGUCCCUCCCCACCCCUCUCCCGGGGGGCCUCGGUCGUCCCGGGGGCAGAGCGGCAAGUUUAAUUCGCCCAGGCUGCAGCGGCGCCCGCGGCGUGGAGGAGCGCGCCGGCCCCGGGCCUCCCCGCCCCCACCGCGUCGCCCCGCGGUCCCCCCAGCCUCACCCUCCGGGCCCCGGGCCCCAGGCCGCCCGCCGCUGCAGCCCCGGACGCGGGAGCGGGACUUGAGACUCGGCGGGCAAACGAGGCGGGCGGGCAGCGCUCCAGCCCCGCCACACAGCACGCACACACACACAGCCUCGGUGGCGGACGCUGGAAAAUGGAGCGCGGCGAGCACACAGCAUAGACAUUCCCUUCCCCGUCCACUGAACGGCUGCUUACCUCCGGGUGUCCGUCUCGGUACUCCUCUCACUCCGCGGCUCUCCGGGAUCCGCCGCCGCCGCCGCAUCCAAUCGCCUCCUCUCCUCCCCCCCUCCCCUUCCGCAGCCAGCCCCGGCCGUUCCUCCUCCUCUCCGCUUCAAAAUGGCGCCAAGCGCUCCUCGGCGGCUGCUCCAAUCGAACCGCGGCGGACAGCACCCGGGGGGCAGGCAGAACGCGGCGUGGGGGAGCAGCGCCCCCUGCCGACCGCAUGGCUCCGCAAGCCCGCCGAGCCCGCCCGCCGAGCCCGCCAGCCGGGCCGGGCUCCGCCCCCGCCCCCGCCCCGUGCGCGCACGCGUCCCUACCUCCGCUCCGCCCCGUGA